AUGUCAGUAGCAGCGGAGAGGAGAUUGGCCUUUGCAUUGAUCCAGGAGCCGUACGUCAGAAGUAUCGGCCGAAUGAAGGACUACGGGACCGCCAGGAUCUUCCAGUGCGCGAAGCGGGUGGACGGACGGGUCAAGGCGGCCAUAGCUGUCUUCGACGAUGAUAUGGACGCCUUGAUCUGCCCAGAAUACACCACGACCAAUAUAGUUGUGGUGAAAAUCCGCACCAGCGCCUGGGAGAUGGUGGUGGUCUCGUACUACUUCGAACCGAACGUACCGGUAGACCGAUACCUCGACCAGCUGAGGGGCGUCUGUCGUACGCUGGGUCUGAGACGCCUGUUAGCGGGAGGGGACGCCAACGCAAAGAGUCUAUGGUGGAGCCAGGAGAUCGACCGGAGAGGAGAGGAGGUGUCCGGCUGGCUGGAUGAGGCGGGCCUCCACGUGCUGAACGAAGGCAGCACGCCGACGUUCUUCACGGUGAGAGGAAAUAGAGCCUAUUCCAGCCAGGUAGACGUCACCGCCUGCUCGGUCGAUCUUCGGGAUAGAAUCUGUGACUGGAAGGUCGAGGAGGACCUGACGAGCUCCGACCAUAACACCAUCACUUUCAACAUCAUCCUACAGAAAGGCCAAGGGAUCGCAAUAAACAGCACAACCAGGAAGUAUAACACAAAAAAGGCAAACUGGGCGACUUUUGGCGAUAAAUUCAAAAACUACCUCACUGAGUAUAAAAUUAACAAAAGAGAAAUAGACAAAAUUAAUAGCAUUCAAAAUUUAGAAAAUCAUAUAAUAAAAUACACAGAAACAGUAACUAAAACCAGUGAUGAAAGUAUACCGAAAAAGAAAUUAAAUACAAAAUAUGCGAUCCUUUGGUGGUCAAAGGAGUUCGACAGGUCCAAACGCGAGAUGAUGCGGCGUAAACGCCGCAUCCGUUGGGCGGCACCUGUGAUGAAGACGUGCGUCAUACGGGCAUAUAAAGAGGCUAAGGAGGCCUAUGAAACCCUGCAAAGAAAGUCCAAUAGCAGAGUUUGA